AAUUGGUUUUUAUCAAUGCUGUGCGCGUUAACAAAAAUUAUCGACUUUAUUUAGCGAUAUUAACAAAAUACCAACGAGUAAUGCAGAUAAGAAACCCAGAAAAAAGUUCUUUUGAAUAUACUGUACAAUACGAAUGUAAAUGACGCAUAAGGGGUGGUAGUCGAAUCGUUGGAGAUAUUGACGUUGAAACUGGUUCGCAGAAUCGCCUUAUUCGUUUUAGUUACAGAUGUGAAAUAAGUUAAUAUCUAUCAAUGUGAAUUUGCAGUGUUUCUCUUUCUAUAGUGAUUUCAACCAUGUUACUCGUGAAAAAGCGCUGAUAUUGUUUUUAUUUGACACUUCAAUUUUGUUUCAGUUUGAAGAUACGUUUCGCUAAAAAUCCAACAUGUCCGUGGUGGAGUUGGUAAAGAAUUUCAAGACAAUAAUAAAAGUACCCAGUUUGAUCGACAAACCAAUCACUGACAAUACAGUUUUCCGACUUCAUUACCGAACUACGACGUUAAUUUUCUUCUCCUGUUGCGUAUUCGUGACAGCUUACACGCUAUUUGGUGAUCCAAUUCAAUGUAUAGGAGACACCACAGAUGAUGGUAAACUCAAAGUAGCGAAUACUUUUUGUUACUUGGGGUACACGUAUACCAUACCAACAAAUCGAUAUGGAAAUGAGAAACUCGAUGGAUUAGGGCCAAAAGAACAUGGUGAUAAAGUGAAAUAUCAUAAUUAUUAUCGAUGGAUUCCGUUGAUGCUGUUUUUACAAGGUGCUUUAUUCUACGUACCACAUUGGAUUUGGAAAAACUGGGAAGACAAAAAAAUUAUCCAUCUGACUGCAGGCAUACGAGGUCCAGUGGUAGAAGUCAAACCUGACGAUAAGAAUAAAUUGAAGAUUUUGGCGAAAUACAUGGUCCAAUCAUUACACACUCACAAUUCUUACGCGAAUACGUUUAUUUUUUGCGAAAUCCUCAAUUUUAUCAACGUGGUCUUGAAUAUAUACCUGAUCGAUUCAUUUCUGAACAACGAAUUCACAACGUAUGGCACUAGGGUAUUGGAAUUCACGGAUACUCCUCAAGAAAACAGAACGGACCCGAUGAUCGAAAUUUUUCCACGAUUGACUAAAUGCGAUUUCCACAAAGUUGGUCCGAGCGGAAACGUUCAAAAUUUCGAUUUCCUUUGCGUUCUCGCUUUGAACAACCUUAACGAGAAAAUUUACAUAUUUUUAUGGUUUUGGUUAAUCAUACUGGCUUGCAUUUCCGUAUUACCCAUCCUAUACAGCGUAGUAGUAUACCUAUCGCCUUUAGUACGCGGAUAUAUUUUAACAAGGUAUUACAUUUUGGGAGGAAAAUCCAGAAUACAAGAUGUUGCUAGGAAAACUCAAAUCGGAGACUUCUUCAUAUGGGAUCUAUUGGGUAAAAACAUGAGCUCCAAGUACUACCGUGAGUUUAUAAACGAGUUACACGCAUUAUUAAUGGAGAGAGAUACACCCGACAAACUUCACUACCCUUACCUCUCUGCAAACGAGGAUGAUACAAAAUUUUGAUGGUAAAAUAGGCCUAAUCGAGUAGGUGGAGAUUUUUUUUAAAUAUGUGUAAGUGUUCAAAAGUUUAUUUUAUUACGUGAAUUUUAUGUAUAAUUUUUUAAUGUUAAUAUUUUAUAUGAGUUUCUUAACGAAACUAUUCGAUUUCUUAAUUCAGUAUCAAGUAAUGAAUUCUAGAAAAUAUUAUUAGGUGAUAAUCAUGUUGUAUUUGUAAGCAAAUCGGAAAACGAUUUAUUCUAAAAAUUAUGAAUAGGUAAUUGUAUAGUCUAAUGGUACUAUUAGAACAUCUCGAACGCAAUAAAGCAAUUUGUGAAUGAUA